CUCACAUAAACCCGUUACAUCUCCCUCCGAUCCCCAACCACCCCUCACAUCACGAUGUCUACCAUCAAGUCAAUCAAGUCCCUCGCUCCCCUCCUCGACCGCAUCCUCGUCCAGCGCCUCAAGCCCGAGGCCAAGACUGCAACCGGCAUUUUCCUCCCCGACUCCGCUGUCAAGGAGCUGAACGAGGCCAAGGUACUGGCCGUUGGCCCCGGAGCAUUCGACAAGGAGGGCAAGAGGGUAGCACCCAGCGUACAGCCCGGCGACAAGGUCUUGAUUCCUCAGUUCGGCGGCAGCCCCAUCAAGAUCGGCGAGGACGAAUACUCGCUGUUCCGCGACCACGAGCUCCUCGCCAAGAUCAACGAGUAAACGAUAGCACUUUUUAUACCAGAAAACAAGCAAUAAACGUAAUCUCCCUCACGGUCCAAUCCGCAAUGCAUGUACGAUAUUGUACUACUACUACACAAAAUAUGACGAUACGCUAGCAUCUGAGCCGGCGUUUGGCUGCACGCUUUGUUUCUUCGGAUUUGUUAUUUGGCAAGCGAGCGGUGUCUUGUUUGACGCACGCUGGAAUGAAGAGGGGAGGAAGAAUUUAGAAAGAAGAAUAUAAGAAAUCUCUACUCUA